AUGGAUCAUCAAACUAAAAUAUUGGUGACAAGUAUAACAAAUUUCUAUGAAACCACUUCUGAACCCUCCAGAAGAGAACUGGGCAAUAUUUUGGAGAAUUUUCGGCAAAUUUCCAUUAUCGACAAUUCUAAUCCUGUAAAUGUUCAAUUUUUUGGUGCAGAAACUCUUUACUUUGUUAUUUCUAAAAAAUUUGAUGAAAUUCUUGAAAGCGUUGAAAAUUCAGAAGAAUUAAAAACAUUUUUUCUUCAAAAGUUGUCUUCAAGUGCUCAUUCUUUGGCCCAUUCUGUUUUAAAUAAACUUUCUGCUGGAUUGGCACUUUUUAUUUUGAAAUGUUUACCAGAUAUUUGGAAUGAUCCUAUUAGUGAAUUGCAAUUAUUUUGGUCUUGUCAAAUUGAAUUGCUUUUGAGAGUUCUAGCUGAAAUUUCAACAGAAUUUCAUCACCUCAAUGUCUCUUUAGAUCACCGCCAAAGUAUUAAAACAGAACUACAGAAAUCGACAAAGGAAAUAGUUAAAUUAGUUCAACAAGUCUUGGGAGAUAAUGAUUUGUCUUGUUCUGUACGAAAUGCUGCUGUUGAAUGUAUUGAAGGAUGGUUGAAAUUACCUGGGGCAAACUUGCUAGAUUUUCUUUCUGUUUUCGAUGCUUUAUUUAAUAAUAUUAGUAAUGACUACUUGGGUUUAACUCGUAUUCUCGAUACAAUCAAAUCAAAUGAUGAAUUGAGAAAUUUACCUCGUCUUUUAUGGCAAUUAAUUAGUGCAUUAACUCAAAUUAUUUUACCUCAAAUAUUAAUGGAAUUGGACUUUUCACAAAUUGGGUCUGAACAAUUGAUGGAAAAAAUGGAAGAUUUAACACCGUUAAUUUGUACAAUUGUUGAAUUUGGACAUGAAUAUGCAAAAAAUAUUGUUGAUUUUGUUUGUAAAAAUUUUUAUGAGCCGUUGGUUGUUGAAGUUUAUUCAAAACUUUGUGCUUUCUUUUUGUACAUUUCAACAUAUCCUGGUUUAUAUCCAAUUCAAGAAUGUAUUUCUGAUUUACCUGAACCUUGGUGGCGUUCUUUAAGAGAAGAAUUACUUCAAUUGGAUGAAAGUUUCAAUUGGAGUUCAAAUAAAUUAAUUUUGAAAAAGCAAUCAAUAAAAAUAUAUUUACAAUUAUUAGAAUCUGUUUCUACAAAAUUUAUUUAUUCUGAACAAAUAAAUUCUUUAAAUAAAGAAAAUUUUGAAAAAUUCGAAAAAUAUAGAAAUUUUGAAAGAAGUGAUGUUUGUAUUAAUUCUAUUCAAAUUGCACCAAAAGAAACUGUUGAAUUAUUGGCAAAUAAAUUGAAAGCUUCUCUAGAUAAUCGUGAUAUUGUUGGUAUGGAAUCAGUUAUACAUCUGUUGACAGAGGCUGCCGAUUUUUUACAAUCAAACCAUUUGGAAAUGUUUUUGCCUUCCUUUUCUCAGCAUGUUAAUUUAGAAGAAUGGGAAUUACUUCAAAUAUCAAAAACUGAUUUGUUUUACUUUUCUAAAACAUAUUUACGAUUUAUUCGAGCAAUUGAGCAUUUAUUAAAUAAUUGUUUUGAUAGGAAAUGUGCAAUUCCAAAUAUUGUGAAAAAUAUUCUCACAAUUUUAAAAUUGUCUGAUUUGAGCAAAUCUUCUUUUGAAACGUUAAUUGUGCUUAUGAAAAGUAGAGAAGAUUAUAUUAAGAGCGUUAUCGAUCAAAUAAUUAUUGGUUGCUAUACAUAUUUUAUCGAUGAAUCUUAUUCUGCUGAUUUGCGUAUUUUUUCUAUUCGCUGUUUUGGAACUGGACUUUCAUUUAAGAAUAAUCAAACAAUUAUUGAAAAAGUUCAACAUUUAAUAUUUCCUUGGCUUAAAGAAUUGAAAAAUUUAUCAAAUCAAACGCCAAAAACGGAGGGGUGGUUAGACAGAAUUAAUUUUGAAUUGAGUAUUUUGGCUAGUUUAUUGGCUACUUUACAUAAUUCAAAUAAUUCUUGUAUAGAAAUUGAAUCGCCUGUUAAAUCUAUUUUAAAACAAUCUUUGCCUCUUUUUAAUAAUUUACUUUCUGCAAUUGAAUAUCCUUCUGAAGAAAUUAUUGAAAAGAUUUGUGCAGUUUUAGAAGCGGGAAUUUUAUCUUUAUAUACAAAUGUUUCACCUCUUCUUGAAAAUUAUUUGAAUUUUCUCGAUGCUAUAAUUACAAGUAAUCCUGUGCCUGCUUGUGAAUUGGCUAAAAGACUUUUUUUAACGUUUCAUAAAAAAUCAGAUGAAACUCCAAUUUUAAUUAAACAUUUGGCUGGUUGGUUCUUUAACCGAUUUUCUUCCAUUUCCAAUAAUCCACAAAAUUCAAAUUUUCCUAAUUUAUUGGAUGAAAAAUUAGUUGAAUUAGCAAAUCAUAUUUUUAAAAAAUUUUGGAAUCCAAUUUUUGCUGCUGGAUUAUCUGAAGAGAUUGUGUAUUUUGUGUCACAAUUUAUUCAAAGUGCUUGUUUUAUUUUGGCUGAGGUAAUUGAAAUAAGUCGAGAUGUUUCAUUAACACAAGAUUCACUUCGAACAACAAGUUUUUUCUUUAAAAAAUUUUCACAAAAUGAUAAUCGUGUGUUAAUGCAAAGUAUUGAAAUUGUUGCUGAAAAAAUGAUUUCUGCUGUUUUUAUGUCUAUACAAAAUGAAUCUAUGCUUUCAACUAAUGUUAAUUAUAUUGCUGAUAUUCUUUUCUUUUUUGCUAGUAAAUAUCCUUUACAAACAAGAACAAUAAUUCAACAAUUACCUAAUGGUAAUUCCCAAAUUGUGCAAUUAAUGUUUUCUUCUCCUUUAUUAAAAAAUUAUCGGCUUCGUGUGUUGCAAAUGCAUCAAGAAAUUCUUCACAGAAUUUAA